AUGCGGACUGUCGUCGUCGCCGCCGCUACCGCCGCUCCGGCGCCUGUCCUCGCCGUCAUAAAGGUUCCAAAGACUGCAAAGAAGCACGCUGCGCGUCCGCCGUUCGGCCAGAUGAUCGUUGAGGCUAUCGGCGCUCUGCAGGGCAGGAAUGGCUCCAGCCGGCAAGCCAUCCUCAAGUACAUCAAAGUCCACCACAAUAUGGGCGAGAAGGUUGCCGGAGCCCGCCUACGUCGUGCUCUGGUCGCCGCGACCGUUGCCGGCAAGUUGGUUCAGACCAAGGGCAGCGGUGCGUCGGGGUCCUUCAAAUUGCCAGAGAAGGUCCAGGCACCCGCCAGACGGCCGGCCGCGGCGAGUUCUGUGAAGGAACAUGGCGAAAGGACGCUGAGGUCCCCACGACCGGGGAAGAUGAGAGUAGUUACGCCGAAGGACGUAGGUGGUGGAGAGCUGAGCAGGAGGGCUGUGACGCUGAAGAAGAGGAGGGUGGUGAUACCUAGGAAGGCAGUUCGUGGUUCAAGGUUGAGGGCGCCGGCUGUGAAGAGCACUGUAAAGAAGUAG